AUGGAACCAAAACGCUCUGAUAUUGUAAUCUAUUUCAUCCACGGCGGUGGUUACACCUUCGGACAUCCUGCAGACAACCUCGUAGAUCUCUUGUUCAAUGCGGAAGUCCUGCUGAACAACGGCAUUAUUUGCAGUAUCUUCUCCUUGGAUUAUUCCCUAGCCCCAGGAAGCUGCCUGCCAACCCCGAUCAUGGAGGCCGUUGCAGCAUAUCGGUACCUGUUCAAAGAGGAAAUCAUUAGUCCCUCCAAGAUAAUGGUGAUGGGGGAAUCUGCAGGUGGGCAUCUUGCGCUCUCUUUCCUCGCAGCCUUGCAAGAACCGGGUCUUUGUCCGCGCCUUGAGAAGGCCCUGCCCAAACUGCAGGUUGAUGUCUGGGGUUCCUGGAAGCUCAUUAUACCGCAGAGGACAUGGAUCACUGCUGGUGGAGAUGAGAUAUUUCUCGAGGAUAUCAAGCAAUUAUCUCGCGAGACGGAAAAGGAUGGGGCUGAUGUGUGUCUGCUGGCCACGGAGGGGAAAGCUCAUGCCUGA